GACACAGCGCGCGCGCGGGGCUAGGGUUUCUCUGGGACGAUGAUGGAGAUCUCUAGCCUCCCAAUCUCGGCUUCUCACCGGUCGAAGCUCCUCUCGGCGGGCUACACUACCCUCUCCUCCCUCUCCGCCGUCUCUCCGCUGCAGCUCUCCCGUGAUCUCAAUGUUGCUCUUCAAGAAGCAGUUGACAUUUUGAAGGUUUCAUCGGAAAGUUGUAGAGUUGAAGUGCAGGACGGUGAUGUUGAAUUUUGUAAGGGAGCUCAAACUGCAUGGGAUAUGCUUUCAGAAGAGCAAGCUCUGAGACACAUAAGUACAGGUUCUGGAGAUCUUGAUUCUAUAUUUGGUGGUGGAAUACACUGCAAAGAAGUCACUGAAAUAGGUGGAGUUCCAGGCAUUGGUAAAACACAGUUGGGGAUACAGCUUGCUAUCAAUGUCCAAAUUCCAUAUGAUUUUGGUGGGCUGGGAGGAAAAGCAAUAUAUAUAGAUACUGAAGGCAGUUUCAUGGCAGAACGUGCUUAUCAAAUUGCUGAAGCAAGUAUUUGGGAUACAUUUGAUAAUUUUGGAUGCCAACCGAAAGAAAUUCCUGAAAAAUUGAAGCCUGAAAGUUUUUUGGCAAAUAUCUUCUAUUUCCGCAUAUGCAGUUACACUGAGCAAAUCGCAUUGAUAAACUAUUUAGAACAAUUCCUUGUGGAGCAUAAAGAUGUGAAGAUUGUGAUUAUUGACAGUGUCACUUUUCAUUUCCGUCAAGAUUUUGAUGACUUGGCCAUUAGGACAAGAGUGCUUGGUGGAAUGUCACUGAAAUUAAUGAAUCUUGCAAAGAAAUUUAGUUUGUCUGUUGUUUUGAUGAAUCAAGUAACCACUAAGUUUACGGAAGGCUCUUUUCAUUUAACACUUGCCCUAGGAGAUAGUUGGUCGCACUCAUGCACAAAUCGAGUUAUUUUGUAUUGGAAUGGCAAUGAUCGGCAUGCAUAUCUUGAUAAGUCACCAUAUCUUCGUCCAGCUUCAGUGCAUUUCUCAGUGACCGGCAAAGGGAUUCGUGACGCCACUUCUCAAUGCAAGCGAGUCCGAAUGAUGUAACUUUGUUUUCAGGAGCUUGAACAUGAAAGAUUAUAACAACCAUCUCUUAAUCUCUGGCACCAUCUGAGCUCACUUGGUCUUGUAACUUGGCAUGGAUAAGUGGGUUAGGUUUUGUUACAGUGGUUAAGCAUGUAUGCUUUUGUAACUGAUUGAAACAUUGUUAAUUUUCCUUGCUAAAGCAAGUGAGCUUUGUGGCUGUUCCUCUAUGAUAUCAUUGAUUCUUAUGGUAUAUGCCACUAGGGUUAUCAGGCAAAACUAUAUUUUCA